CCCUUUAAGAGCGCCACGGCGCCUCUCAACUCACGGCAGACAUUUUCAAUGCAAUAUUUUUUUUCUUGCAUAAAUUAUGUUCAUGACGUAGUGGCAAAAAGAGCACAUUUCUGUCGAUUCCCACCGAGUUUGUGCCUCACAUGGAAUCUUGUGAGGCGCCUGGAGGCUUUUUUGGAAGGCGGGGGGGAUGAGCCGAAGUGUUGGCAUCGCGGCGAGGCGAGACGAGAGGCCAGAUCCCCCAAAACAUUGCAGCCCUCCUUCUUAUCAAUGCAAAUGGCUUUUGUGUGUGCAGCCACUGCGCCUGUCUGGGAGCUGAGAUGCAUUUUUAAUUAGCUGCGACUGAACCAAACUGUGACAAGGACAUUUUUGAACCGCGCAGGAGGAUAGAGGUGGUGCAGCCAAGCCAUGAAGUCUCAGGACCUUCCUGUCAGAGAUGCCCCGCUUGCUGUCAACGAGCAGCUGUUCACUGUCUGAGCGCAGAAGUCUUUUUUCAGCCAUUUAAAUCCUGCCAUUUGAAAUUCCCUGCCAGAGGCAACCAGGUCAUCAUGAUGUCUGGCAACGAGACAAUUCGUGUGUUAGAAGUCGGGGUCGAUGCGUCUCUGUCUUCAACGGUACUUGAAGGGAAGACAAGUGAGGGCAAAACAGAUGGGGGAGGGACUCAACCUGAGGGUUCCCGCCCACGCAAUGACAAUGCUGGAUCCCAGAACACUGAGGAAGUCGUAGCUGGCAAACAGCAAGCGUCAUCAGGAGAUGCUCCAGCUCACGCUGUCCAUACCCUCGGUCCAACUGUGCCCAUCAGUGUAUCCUUGCCGCAGCCUCCCAUAGCUACUGUGCCCGUCACUGUCCAAGGUUGUCCGCAGGUUCUAUCACAAGAAAAUCUGGCCACUCUGAUGACUGGGAUGUUGGCCCAGACAGGCUCGCUGGGCCAGCCCCUGCUCAUCCCCAUCAGCAUGGCAGGCUCCAUCGGUGGCCAGGGCGGUCUGGCUGUUUUCACCCUGCCCACUACCAAUGUGGCCACACUGUCUGGACUCGCCGCUGCUGCCGCCACGCAGCCCGCUAACCUCCUUAAGAUGCCCUUUGCUGGCCUUCAAGUUCUAAAUUCAGUUCAGGCUCCUCUACAAACCAGCACGCAGGCAGUGUUCCAGGCUCCGGCAGGUUCCAUCCAGCAAACUUGCGGCUUGACGUCUCAGUCCACACCGGCUACGAUCAUCUCUGCCGCCCAAGAGGCAGCUGCUCAAGCCACACCAGCCGCAACCGUGGCCCAGUCCAACAUAUCGGUGGCUGCGCUGCAGACGGCUGGACUCUCCAUCAAUCCUGCACUGAUCAAUGCUGCAUCUUUAGGAGCACAGACCCAGUUUCUCAGUUCCCUCACCUCCAGUCCUAUCAUCACCAACGCCAUGUCCAACAUGGCGGGCAUCACAAGCCAGAUCCUAACAACCACACAGGGCCAGGUUAUAGGAACUCUUCCUUUUUUGGUGAACCCGGCCUCCCUGGCCGGGGGGGCUGCCACUCCGACCCUCCCCCUCCAGGGUCUGCAGGUCCAGACGGUCACCCCGCAGUUGCUGCUGAACACCCAGGGUCAGAUUUUUGCUGCGGUCGGGAACGGAGCUGCCGCGGUUGCGGCUUCUGCCGCUGUUCUGCCCAAAGCUGCAGUGUCACCCGCACCUUCCAAACCAACAUCACAGGCGCCGGCAACAGCUGCGACGCAGUUGCCGGUUGUCAUCGCCCCGCAGCCGUCUGUACUCAAAAGCUCCACCUCGCCAUCCUCAUCGCUCCCCAUCACCUGCGGCGAGAUGGCUAAAGUGGGCCAGCUUGUCAGCAAGCCCCAUCAGGCUGACAGCAAUGAGGAAGGCAUCAAUCUGGAAGAAAUACGCGAGUUUGCUAAGAAUUUUAAAAUCCGGCGGCUAUCCUUGGGAUUGACGCAGACUCAAGUGGGACAGGCACUGACUGCCACAGAGGGCCCGGCCUACAGCCAAUCCGCCAUUUGCAGGUUUGAAAAGCUGGACAUCACCCCGAAGAGUGCCCAGAAGUUGAAGCCAGUGUUGGAGAAGUGGCUUGCCGAGGCCGAGCACUGGAACCAAAAAGGUCAGCAGAACCUGAUGGAGUUUGUCGGCGGCGAACCGUCAAAGAAACGCAAGCGGCGCACCAGUUUCACGCCUCAAGCCAUCGAAGUCCUCAACUCCUACUUCGAGAAGAACUCGCUGCCCACAGGGCAAGAGAUCACGGAAAUCGCAAAGGAACUAAACUACGACCGAGAGGUGGUGCGGGUUUGGUUCUGCAACCGUCGACAGACGCUGAAAAACACCAGCAAGAUUAACAUUUUCCAGGUCCAGUAGAAAAUGGAAUUUGCAAAUUUUGUUGUAAAUACCCCAACAUGAAGUUACACAUUAUUUAAGACUCAGUGCUACAAUACUAAAGUGAGUUCUUGGGUUCUAAGGCUGAGUGUACAAGUGUGUACGGUGCUUCUAUUAAUGGCAACAUACACGCAGGUAAGUCACGUCAAUUUGUUAAGUGGCAUUGUUGUUCGUUAUUGAGUUCAGUGGAACCUCUAAAGUGGAACACUUUGAUGUUCUUUUUGGGAAAAAUGACUCCCAAAGUCACACAAAAUAUCAAAGUUUGAAUGCGAGAUCAUGAUGACAUCGCAGGGAUUUCUAUUCAGCGUACAUCAAACGAUGAACCGUGGAGCAUGGCAUCAUUUGGUGUCAGAAGUAGAACUGUUGUUCUCCAGUGAUUAACUUUUUUACACUUGUGUGACAGUCAACAAUGUUUAACUGUUCUUUUCAAAAAUACCAAUAUAAAUAAUAUUGAUAUUUUCAAGGGGACAGUUUGACCCAAAACCGCUUCAAAUCGGAGUGACUUCAGAGGUUCCACUGUAUCAAGUUUAUUGCCAUAAUGAAUGAUUCCAUCUGCUGCUUGUCUAUGCAGCCGCAACGCAACAAGUCAGGGACAAUCAUCGGUUUGGUAUUUCUUGAUAAUCAUUAAAGCUCAAGUCAACUGUGUUGAUUUUUAUAUACUUUCUACUAGUUGGUGAUGUUUGAAGUUGGUACAAGUCCUAAGUUAAUUUCAGGCCACUAAUGCAAACUUUUGAUACAGUUAGUCAUUAACCAGUAUAAUUUGGUCACAACGUAUUGCUGUUUUUGUGCCUUCUCUGUCGUCUUUCGGUGAUCACAAACUGCUCCUCAUCUCAAGUUAGAUGAAUUUUUUAUUUUAUAAAGUUAUCAACAAUGUAACUUUCAAAAGCGCCCUACAACGCUAACAUAUUUUAGAUAAAUGUACUGGCUCUAGUAUAAAUCAAACUGAUGGAAUUACAUGAGAGUUAUGUGUAAUGACUUGAAGAUGUUGCAUGUUCUGUAUGUCUUUAUUUCUACUAACUGCCUAUUAUGUGUGAACAUACAUAUAUGUUAAUUAUCAAGGAUUCUUUGCACUUUAUUGAUGCCCGAGGAGGUAAAAAUGUUACUAAUUGUUUUCUACUGCAAAAGUUAUAGCCAUGUUGGUGGGCCUCAUGAAUCUUUUUAAUUUUUAUCAAUAUCGCAACGUAGCAACAUUUUUAACGCAGAUCAGCUGCUGUUAUACAGAAUAAAUAUGAAUCAUGGUGAAUUAGAAGAUCAACCCAAGAUGCCAUAUGUUUGGUUUGCUUGCUAUGUGCUUUAUGAAAAAAAAUGCAAUAUUGUUAAAUAACCUUAAAUUAACUAAACUAUAUAAAACAAAUAAAAUGAUAGAAAUAUGCUAUCUAUAACAAUCUUGUUUGACUAGAACGUCUGCCUUUGUAAGAAGUGAGGAAAAAAGUUUUUUUAAAUGUAAAUAAACUGUCUUUACUAAUUA